AGUUACGUGCUGUUGAUACUGUAGUUUGGAGUCGCCCAGACUCAGAAGUGAAUAUAGCGGCACACAUACAUCGCUCUGAACAGUUUUUAAACCUCCAUUCGGUUUUCUCAUGACUUGUACAUUCAUGUAAAUAGAGUACUUCUAUUUUUAUAAGAAGACAACAACGAGAUGGAACUUAAUUCUCUAUUAAUCUUGCUGGAGGCUGCAGAGUACUUGGAAAGAAGAGACAGAGGUAUUUUUUUAAGCUACAUUGACAAGUUGUCAAGAUUUGUGGGCUAACGCUUUGAGACUUUGAGAAAGGAUAAGCAGCUUUUAACUCUAUCUUAAUGCAAAGUUAUGUGUGAACGUGCCCUGCCACAGUGCAGGUAUGAUGUCACUUUACAGACAAUGGGAUAGAGAGCAGGCGGCUGGUGCAAACUGGACUUUAUUGUUAUCUUGAUAUCAUGGUUUUAAAGUGUAUUUGUCUGCUUAUGAAGUGCGUUUGCAUGUAUUUCUCUUAAAGCCCACAUUCAGGUCUAGACUCUGAACGAAAUGUGGUUUUGAAUAAGCCUUUGAAAUGAGUGACAUUGAAAAUAUCGUGAUGACAGAUACUCGUAUAUUGUCAUGUACGAUUAUUCGACCAUGUUAUAGACUGUGGUGAAUGCAGUGCUGGGUCUUAUAGAUGUAUUUUAUCCUUCACUUCAAGUCUCGUCUCAAAAAUCCUUGCAUUAAUGUUGUCAUUUUCUUUCUUUCUUUCUCUUUGUAGAGGCAGAACACGGUUAUGCGUCUGUUUUACCGUACAGUAGCGACUUUUCCAGAAAGAAAACGAAAGCAUCGCCAAUCUCCAGAAAAACUCAGAACAAUAGGUAAAUAUAAAACCUUUUGCUUUUCUAUAAAACUUCCACGACACGUUCAGUCAGAGCUGUUUUCGUGCAUAUUGCCAUCUUUCUGCCGCCUGGGCUGGGCUCUCUCUCUCUCUCUCUCUCUCUCUCUCUCUCUCUCUCUCUCUCUUUCUCUGUGUUUUGGUCUCUCCAAUAAACACUGCCACGCGUACACUGUCAACUCUGCUGCUGCCCCCUCUCUCCUUGUGUUUCACACACACUCACACCCCUCCUCAUGCUAGGAAAAAACACACACAGACACACACCAGCCAUUUCUGCACCAUGUCUCCCACCAUUGUUGUCACCUAUGUAAUCUCUCAUUUUCAUGUGGUCGAGAGUGUGUGUGUGUGUGUGUGUGUGUGUGUGUGUAGUUGAUGUUGCAUUUAAAAGAAAUGUAGUUUACAAAGGGGGUCCUCUCUUGUCAACAAUCAUCCACUUCCUUCCCUGGAAGAACAUGCCAGUUUCACUCAGUUACGCUGUUUUUGUCAAAGUUCCUGAUCAUGUUAUCGGUUGAUUUCCAUUCCCUCCUCAUUAAAGUUGAAUUAAGGCGUGCUCCUCUUGAGUUUUACCUCGUUUAGAUGAUGUCAAAGUCUACAACUGAUACAGACAAGAGUGCAAUUACGACCGUAAAACGACUCAGAACUGCAUUACAUAAGUUAAUCGAUUGAAGUUUCAGUUUCGGUUCAGUCCUGUAAGAAAGCCCUCGAAGCCAAAGCUCGUCAAAUGUCAUUCAGAUAGUUAACAUUUAACUCAUAAAGCCUCUGCAGCUAAAGGGCAGCAAGCAAGACUGGUGUCUAAUUUCCCUGUUAAUUCAAAGUUUUUCUGGAUUAGUUCAAAAAUAUUCUCAUGUUGUAUGUCAGAGGAUGUAUUCUUGAGGUACCUUCAUCUGACAACAUACAGAGUUUUCAGUUUCCCUGACUAAUCUUUAACUUGACUGAUUCUUUCAGCUUGUUUGGAGGUUUUUCACACCAUGCAGACCUCCACUGUGUCGGCCUUUUAAGAGGGUUUGAAUUGAUUGUAUCAAUGUGGGACACACCCUGAUCAGGAAUCCCACUCCUCUGACACAGUAUGACCCUUAUUUCAGGCCUUUAACACUCUAGGUGACACACAUCCAGAUAUGUUGUUUGCCAGGUGUGAAACAAUGAAUCUCGAUGAAUUUGAAAUGAGUUAAAUCCUCAUCUCAGUCGUAUUCCCAACAGCGCUGGCGCAUCAAGAUUCGAUGAAAAAAAGUAAAAUUUCCUGUUGGCUAAUAUUAGUUUAGGGAAGUUUGGCGAGCACUAUUUCCUCAGUUGUAAAUCAGCAAGUUACGUCAGGGCGCGUACCGCAUGUUCGUAUAUGUUUGUAUAGUCUUGCUGUCGUAAUAAAACUUCUUUUGAAAGUUAAGCCAAGUUUUGAGACACAAACGAGAGAGCAGCAUUGUCCACAUUCCUUUCAUACACACUCCAAAAAGGCUCACAGUCAUUCACAAGUAUCUGUGUGUAAGGGUGUGUGUGUGUGUGGGGAUGUGGCAGGUGGGUGUGGUGGCUCAAACAGACACUUCCAUACUGUGACAAACGCCAGCCCACCAACAGGCUUCAUGCACCACACCUGCUUUUCCCUCCUUUUUCUUGUGACUUGCUCUGUAGGGCAAAUCUCCAUUCCCCCUUUAUGCUCUCACAGAGACUCUCUUUUUUAUGAAGCAUCAACAGGAUGCCGGGGGAGGGAAGAAAAACAUGUUAAACCGUAUUUUCACUUCCACAGCGGCUGACUUUUAGCUAAAAAAAAAAAACCCACAAUGCUUUGCUUUGUUGGACCAAUAAACUAAAGUUUUAGUGUUCGAUAUGAUGAUCGAAUCUGCGGAUGGAAAAUGGAUAACAUGUUUUGUCAUGGUGCAAGGUUCAAAAAGGUUUAAAAAAACACACACUCUCCUUGCAGUCUAUUUCUGCACAUAAGUGGGGUUUACUUUAAAACUCGUGGACUGUUGUUAAAUCAAAAAGCGUCUAAAAAAAGAGGGAAACCUGGAAUUUAAAUUUAGCUUCACCUCCCUGUUACUCUUGGUGUAAAAUUACACUUAAAAAUAGCGCAAAUGAGAAACGAAACCCUUCUUCUCUAUCCUCAAACUCCUCCUAUGAAGGCAGUGACACACAGACACAGUGUGCUCUGAGGAUACACUCGAGCAGUCGAUUAAAAGGGUGAUACCAGGCUAAUGUAAGAGUCUUUGAUCAUCGGGGCCAAGUUUCUGACAGCUCAUCAUGCUCAUUUGCAUGCCAAGCUAUUCUUUUGCAUAGCAGGUAAAGGUGUGUGUGUGUGUGUUAACCUGCUCUUGUCACAGGUCUGUAAGCAUUCCCUUCUUUGCAAUCUGCUGUAUGAUUUCCUGGUCAAGCUCGGUGCUUUCCCCCACCCCUCAUCUCAAAACUUUCCCCUCCGUCUGGCUUUUCAUUCAGGUUAUAAGCAGCGGUGUGACACUCUGCAAAGCCACAGUAUCACAGCCGCAUUGUGACCCUUUUUUGGUGCAGAUACCUCAGCCUCAGCCGCCUCCUCCUCCUCCGUCUCGGCCCAGCUGUGGGAACCACUGCUUUGCCAGCACAAGGGCUCUCAAACUGUGGAAAAAAAAUUCUGAAAAGGCUUGUUGUCAGUCUGGCCCUUUGUCGUCGCUGUUUUUGUUUUUAUUGCCGCGGUAUCCAUGACGGUCUCAUGAACAGAGGGCCUUUUUUUUCAGCCAGUGCCCUCGAUGCACACCACGAUAGGGGCAGGACUCGUAAUAGCCUACACUCUGAGGAAUUUCUGCAGCGGCUCUGAGGCCUCCAGACGUCUGAGGGUGUUUUUAGCUCCCGUGCACGCUGCUUUUCAGCCAGCGUGCAACAACAACAACAACGGCAGCAGUGUGCGCAUGCUGUUCGUAUGUGUAAGAGCGGGCAGGGGUGAGGAGAGAGGGUGGGGUGGUGUCGUGCAGUGUCACAGCUCUUUCUGCUCUCUGUCAGGGUCACUUUUGCUCUCUGAAAGAUAUCACUCAGACACAGAGUAGGAUUAAAAACCAGACCUCAUUUAUGCACACUUGUCAUUAAUUUGUGUAUCUGUUUUCACGCCCUUGACUCGACUGCAUUUCAGAAUAACUUUGCAGCAAAUGUUUUCAGAGGAUGACAACUUGAUUUCACAGCAUUAAAGAAACUUAAAGCCACCUUGAGUACAAAGAAAGAGAAAAAACAGAGCCGUCUUUGAUGUUUUACUCCUUUUCCCUCCAAACUUUUUGCUGCCGUCUUUAGAUCUGAACAUUUUCUUAGAAGCCUCUCACCUUGGGACUGCUCCCUAGAAUGUAUCCUGCCUCUAAUGUGACAUGAUGUGAUGUUUUUGUUGUGUACUAUUUUGACAGGAUUUUAACAGCUUUCGUUUGUAUUUUCAGAUCAUCGCACAACGAGCUGGAGAAACACAGGUAAGCUACAACACGCUACAACACAGCAUUGCUCAUGUCAGACAUUUUCCUCCAGAGGUCAUUUUUAAUUAAUACCUUGUGUCUGAAUAACGGAUAAUAAGCUGAUUUCAAAGCGCACCCCUCACGUUGAUUAGAUCUGUCUCCGUUUCAUGGUUUGAAACUCGUUACCUUGUAUGGAGAGGGAAUCCUGUCAGUAAUGUGAUAAUCCUGCCCAGACUGACGCUGCGAGCACAGGCGGGGUAAAAUCUGGCUCUUGCUUGUCAUUCGUCCAAACUGAGAGGCCCACAGAUGGCAGAAACGCUCACAAACAAACUCACAUGCAUCUCACUUAAGCUCUCAAACAUUGACAUUUUCCCCCCCUGCUUCCUUUGGGACAUAACUUUGAGUGAGGUGACACUCCAAAAAGGGGACUUCUGGUACAAAACAGUUUUUUUUCCCCCUGAGAGUUUAUUCUUUGUGUUUAUUUUUUCUUCAGGGUCUGAUUCUUAAAAAGUGCUUACCACAGAGGAUUUGAAAAAAAAGAAAGAAAGAAAAAAAAAAACAGCUGAUGUGGCUAUCAGCAUGUGAGCAGAGACUAGGAUGGGUGUGUUUUUCUUUUACAAGGCUGCAUGUGCAUGACACACACACACUGUCACCCACACUGAGGGGCCUGGGUUUGCCAGUCACAUGUCUGAGAGGGAGUGAGUAAUGACCUGUGGAGCGGCAGCAAGACAGACAAGUGCAGACAUAUUCCUCCUCUGACCUGAGACGCAGAGAAGGGCCGGGGCUGACUGCACUGCAGGUGUUGAGACAGAGGAGUUACCUCAUGUCCGGUGACAGAUGUGGUCAGAGUGACGUCCAGUCAAACUGACAGAUUUACCAGCAAAGUUUUUUCAUAAGCAGUUUACACACUACUUAUGUCAUCACGAAAACCACAAAUUUCUCAAAGAAGAUGAGUCUGUCACACUCGAAACAGGGACGUGACGGGGAUCAUGAAGCAUGAGAUUAAUCUUACUCAUCUUCAGAGCAUGAUAUGAGAGUUAAAAAUACAUUCAUGGAAAGAUACUCUAACAAUACUUUUUGUUUGUGCGGGAAAAUUUCUACCUUCUUGUUGGUAAUGACAGCCCCCGACAGUGACGAGGUGUUAUUGUGAUCCGACGCUGCAUCCUGAUUCAACCCGUCUGGACCUGCGGCCACAAAUUACACGCUCAUGACUCCAAUGUACAGGUGUUACAGGUCGAAACUGUGACUUCAGCCUGUUUCAUGGUUACCUAAAAGGGGUUGUGUACGUGGCGUGUUGUCUAUUGGAAUUGUGCAAAAGGAAAUGAAGUGAUUGCAUUAUUGGAGUUUGUUGAAGUAGUUAAUUCAUUAAUUAAAGAAAGACUUCUCAGUGAACACUAGUAUCGGUUUAGCCCCGACCAUGCCUGCAUGCCUUUUAGCAACACCGUCAGUGUCCUUAUGUGAUCUCUGCCUACCUGUUUCUGAUUCAUAUAAAAACCCAAGAGUCUAAAGCAGCUGUCCUGUCCAACCAGUUUCCAUGAUUUUCAUUUACAUUAGUCCCAGUAUCGUUUCUGAAAAAAAGGCUGGACCUCCUCCUCACACCCUGUCACACCGCUGCAGGGAGGUGGUGCUGCUGUCUGAGGCCUGACUCACUGUCUUUGUUUGGUCAUGUGUCGGUGUGUUUGGUUCACACUGGUGCAGCACAGAGCCAUCCUUGUCCUGAUCACGUGGGAAACAGGUGACUGAUUAAUGUCUGCUUAACCGGAAGGCAUCAACUUUAUUGAGAACGGCCAAAUUGUGGUUUGAGGAGUUAGUUCGGUUAAGGACACACUUUUUUCUUAUUUUAACUCCAACCACUUGCUCUGUUUUCGGCUCAAAUUUCUCCCCCUCCUGUGUAUCUUAAACAUGCUAGGUGUCCCCCAUGAUGCUGCCUGCAUAUAUCCGAGUCCUGUUAUCAGAGAGACACAUCUGGGUGUUUGCCAGCAGCGUCCCACUUGCACGUCUGUCCCGACUCGACCUGCUUAUCUGCUGCAGCCUGCGCGCAGCUCUGUAUAGCUUCACCAUGACUCUGCUGCUUUUCUUGUUUCUGUUUUGUUUUUUUUUUCUCAUGUCUUUAUCCUCGUCAUUGCACUGGCACAGCAAAGUAUCAGCCUGUAAUGUGAAAACCAAAACGCUGCCGUGUGGUUGGCCUCCGCCAGCGUCGCUUCCUUCCUAUUUUCUGACUGACCGCUUUCGCUCACACGCCUAUGACGACUUUGCUUGCUUCACGAGAAACUACACAAGUUUCAUUUUUCCUCGCAUCACCUGUUUACAGGAAAUCUGAGUCCUGUGGCGCAAGGGUCUGCUUUCUGCUACGUUUGAGCUGCUUCCCUCGAUUGAAAAAAAGGAUUUGCAGCUCUAUUUUUAACCUCUGCAGACACAAACAUCGCCCGCGUCUGUCAGGUGCUCUCGCUUUUGUCUCUCACUUUGCAAAGUUUGCAGGCUGAUUCCCACAAGUAGUGUAGUCUUACAGUAUAUAUAUCACAGCAGGUUUAUAAUGUGCAGGGAGUGUGUGAAACUUCGUGAACCUGACUUUGAAUCUACAUGCAUGUCAGGGGCACAGGAGCAGGCGCUCACUCUGUCACGCUCUAAUCUUCUCUCUAAUUAAAUUUACUCUCCCGGUGUCUUCUACUCCCAGCUGUGAUGAAUGAGUUAUUUGGCUUUGAGGACCUCUUUCCCCUUGAGUGAAACCCUGUGUCUGUGUGUGUGUGUGUGUGUGUGUGUAAGCCAGGCCCAAGCUGUGUGAGUUAUGGCAGGAGGGAGAGCUCUAAGUCCACAGCCCCUGUUACUUCACCUCCUUACCUUCUCCAGAGACCCCAUCUGUUUUUUUCCUGUGAUUUUUUCCCUCUAUUCUCCGUUUCUGGCCUCUUUUUUUUGCCCCCCCUAAAAGUGUCUGAGUCAGCAGAAACCUGAGGAAGAAGGGCGGAGAGAGGCAGAGCUCCCUGCUCACAGAGGGCCUUUAUCACUCUUUACUGGUUCUUCUGCUGGGACUCAUCAGUGCCAGUCCAUCCGCUCUGGAGGUAUAAUUCUUGUUUAGUUUAUGUGGAGGAAAGCCAGGGUUUGAUGGGCCUGUUAAUCCUGUUGUUCUACAUUUUGAUGAGGAUUAUAAACUGCACAGCUAUUAUGAACACGUGGAGUAAAGGUCAUAUCAAGUCCACAUGCUGCUUGUAGAUAUUAAUUCCCUUUUAAAUAGUCAAAAAGAGUCCAGAAAACAUCUCCCUCUCUUUAUUUUCCCGUUUUGGUGAAAGUGUGGCGUUCACAUGCUCACAUGAUCGCACGUGGCUGAACUUCCCUAGAUAUCACACUGUCUGUUACAUUCCUCAUAGAUGUGUGCAGACCCGGGGUCAUUAGGGCUUGCAUGGGCAGCUAAUAACCCCCAGUAAUGAGUGAUCCCCGGUGCAUAGGCUGAUUAUAGGGACACGUGCACACCGUGAACAAGUGUGCGGUGACAUGUGUGUUCAACAUGAAACCAGAGAGAGGUGACCCAAGUGGGCUUAAGCUGUAGGUUAUGAGAACAACAACUGCAUCAACAAUGAUUUUAUUUCUAAUUUAAAUGAGUGAGGGACCGAUUAAUGUCAGUAUUGUUGGAUGAGACGAUUUUUUUCUUCUUUCUGUAAAACUAUGAAAUUGUCAUGAGCUUUGGGCGUCAUUAUUAAAGUGCAACCCCAAACAGGGAAGUGGUAAUCUGUAAAAAAAAAGCAGAAAACAAUAACAACCACGAAGCUGGAGCAAUGAGCACUUGUCAUACUUUUAUAGUUUCUUGUGUAAAGAGCAUCUAAACAUAUUAUGUCUGAGUUAAAGUACAGCCACCCACCAAUAACAAGGGCUGUUGCAGCUAAUGGAGACCUGUGGUGUAAUACUCCACAACCCCCCAAACCUAUCCAAGUAUUUUUGCACGGGUGUAAACCAAAGAAAUUCUUGGUCGACUCAAACCCUGAAAUUUUCGACCAAAAUUCGAGUCAUGUGGACGCUCUUUAAUCUUUAACCGGUCUCCAGUGGGUUGGGCGAAUCCAAAAUGGAGAAAAUAAGGGGGGUGUUCCGAGACAGGUUGUUACCUGUGAAACGCGCCUGCUCUGAAAACACCCCCAUUACCACUUGGUACGUUGCUCCUGAUGAAAUUAACCAUAGACUGUAAAUUGACGCGGAAAUUAAUCGAGUCGACUCCGCACAGAUCGACCAAUGAGUCGACCAGUCGACUAGGACUUUACAGCCCUACUAAAAAACGAAUAUAAAGUUGCACUUCGGCUGGUUUAGAUGAACUCAGCUACAGGAAUAUCAAACACAGACAUGGAAGUUAACCACCGAGGGCUGGUGGUGCUAGCUCUGCUAAUGCUACACACCACAAACCAGUUUGAUAUCCUUAACUUGCACACUCUGUGUUCCUAAGUGCAGUUGUGUGUAGUAAGUUAUGCUCAACUUUUACAGUUUUCAUGUUGUUUUUGUUUUAAUCUUUAGACUAGUUUGUGAACUUGAAUAUAUAUUUCAGUUCAGAUGGUUUGGGAAGAAAAACUAGGCCUGACAUUUGUAUUAGCCUGUCUGUUGAAACUGAAAUCACUGCCCACCAAGGCUGCAUAAAAAAGUACUUACAUUUGUCAAUUAUCAAGAAACCUACCAGUUUUUGUUGUCAAUCAGCACUUAAAUUAAAUUUUUUUACAUGCAUGUAGUUGUUUUUUUUUUUCUAGAAAUGUAGUUUAGAGGCAGUUUUAAGGACAAAAUGUCAAACAGGAAAGUUUAGUUCUGGUAAAGACAGCAGACGUUAUAAUUUUUCAGAGACACUUGACACGUUUCUUUGCUCUUACUGUGUCAACCUGAGGCCCCACUGGUUUUGUCCGAGUUGUUUAUUGCAGUCAGUUGGUGCAGCCUCAGGACAGACUGGGUUGUAACUUUUCAGAGUCAAUAUGUGGACAAAGAAUAAGAAAGCGGCCACAGCUGGAGGUCGGGAGUCGAGGUCACAUGUGGAAUUUCAGCACCCCGAGGUCACCGAGCCUUGAGAAACUAACUCAGGUCACGUCUGGCUGCUGUUACAGAACAGCUUGCGUGUGUACUAUCUUUGGAUGAUUGUUUGUAGAUCUGAGCUGGCGUUUUUCUUCUCUUGAUACGAGACAUACUUGAGUGAAUGAAUGUGACCAUCGUUGGCCUACAGUAUGGCGCACCCUGCACCCUCUCAGGUGUUUCUGCUGCAGGGUGCACCACAUUUCUAUGUCAGUAAACUCAGUGCAGAGCAGCUGAUGCUCAUAAAAAAAACAGCAGUGUAGGAUGCACUUUAACGAGGUGUGCGGUUUUAGGGUGGCUUUCAAGGCUUAGUGAAAGAAAACAAUGAAGGAGUUUAGUUAAAAACUGUGGAGAGCAGGAAGAAAAGAGAGGUGAGCGAAGCAUUCUCAGUCUGGUCCUGGAUGUCCUGAGGAAGAAAAGAACGCCUAGACAUUCUCAAACAUUGCCAAAAGGGAAUGCAGAGUAGGACGUGGCUAUGUGUGUGUGUGUGUGUGUUGAGCAGCUUGAAAUUCAGGUCAGCAGAGUAUGCACACAUACGCUGGAAUGCAGAGUUAAGUAAGAGAGGCGAUUUAGGGGGGAGAGAGUGUGUCAAAAAACGAGCGGGCCAAGGAGAAGGUCUGCAGCAUUAGAGCUGUGCGCUGCAGACAAGCAUGGAGUCACAGCAGCUAGUUUGAUUUUGCAUCAAAAGUUUCCUUGUUUUACAUGAUAUAGCGGGUUGGAAUCUAAGAAAAAUCAAAGACCUUACACACUUUGCAUCUUUGUGUGGAAGAAUUGUCUAAUGACUCUGAAUUUUAUCUUUUGGUCUCUCAGGUUAGCCAAGAUCCUCAAAUUAGACCCUGUCCCUCUCUGCUGAAAUCUCCCCUUCAGAUGUCAACAGCCCAACUCCACUUCUGUAAACAUGGACGCUGCUGUCGCCUCUCAUACCACCAGAUUCCUCUCCGUUAAUCAUUGACAGGGAUUCAUUAUAAAACCUCUCCACGUCAGGGGGGAAUGUGUUUAUUGAGCUCGCUGAACUUGCCUCUGCUAGUCUGUCCAACAUUUGCAGACGUACUUUUCAACGCACGGAGCGGAAGGCAAUUAACGUCCAAGUCUGUCGUUGAACAUUGUGCUGAAAUGAUUCAGAGACGCACACGGAAACGUACUUUAGUCCGACCCCCCCCGACUCUGUGUUCGCUCACACGCUCUGCUAUUUAACUUCUAUUUGACAUCUGUUUUGUGUGUGUGAAGAAAGGAUUUGGUAAUGAUCCAUGCCCGCUCAGAGGAUUGUUUCAGUACAUGAAAAAAAAUCAAAUGAAUCUAAUUGCUUGGCAUUCCCGAGCACGCCCAGCGGAAAACACAGUGAAAUACUACUACAAGGAGAGAACAAGGCAGUGACUAACGCUGCUGUUUCCUGCGUUUUAAUCAGGGGUAAAGCACGCAGGGCUCAUUCCUGAGAGUAAUUCUUGGAGUAGUGUAGAAGCUGGGCGCCUCCCUCUUGCUGCGCUGCUGUUUUGGUUGUUUGCUGCUUGCGUGUGAGAGCGGAGUCAUGUGAGAGAGAGAGAGAGCUCCGUAUUCCUGCUGUCAGGAGAGCUUGUUUAUGGGGGAGAUUCGAAUUUGUCUGUCUCGCCUGUGCAGUUGUCUGUGCGCACAGAGGACGGGCGUGGCAUCCUUAAUGACAGAAACAAAUACAGAUAACCCCCCGAUGAGUGGCUUUUCAUUUUCAUAACAGUGUGAUCAAAGAGUUUUCAGCUACCUCUGAGUGUUUGUGUGUGUGUGUGUUGCUUACGUGGGCAGCGUAACCAACCGCUGCCUGUUUCACAUGAGCUGCUUCAGCGCCGUCUUGUUUUUCUACCCUCUUGUUUUUCACAGACGGGGCAUCAGAUCUCUGUUAAAUGUAAACAUGUUGAGGGCAGGGCAGGAGGGUGACAGGGAGACGGAUGAGGGGCUGCUGAAAGGCCCAGUGUGUGUGUAUGUGUGUGUGUGUUCCCUGGGAAGGGUCCCUCACCACCUCAGCAAUUCCGCCGUCAGCCUCGUACUCCCUUGGAACCUGCCAGCCAGAUGUGGAGCCACUUCACUGGCAACCCCCAAAUUCCAGCACCUCAACAUGCUGACCUACACUCACGCAACACAGCCGCGCUUUCACUCCACAUGACAGAGCUCGCUGUAAACAAGGGAGCCAGAUUCUCAGAGUCGUAGCUGCAGGAAAGUCUUUAUGGUUCCUAUUAAACUUCAGCUCAGCUCAAAAACAUGUUGGUAAUAAACUACAUAUUCAACUUUUGAAAACAGCACUGCAUACACUCAUUGAAUAGGAAUAUUUUUUGGACAUGACAAAGGUUUCAUGUCUUAAUUUUAAAACUACAAACUUUCCUGGAAUAUGUCUUGACAGGGCUUGACAGUGCAAUCGUUUCACUCGCAUUUGCAACUAAAAUGGAUGUGUUUAAGGGCAUGUGCGCAUAAAAAAUCAGCCUAGGCAAGAAAUGAUUUUUCAUGUGAAUACUGCGGUGAAGUUAGUUUUAGUUUGGAUAUUCACUGUGGAUCAGUGUUGUUUUCAUUCAUGACGAUGACGUUGACGAAAAUAUUUCAUCAAUGUCAUCGUCAACAAAAACAACACUGGUUGCUUCCGUUGAUGAAAAUAUUUUGUCAACGCCCCUUUUUUUCCACUACGAAGACAUGAUGUUGACGAGCUAAACAUAAGUCAUAGAUGACUAAAAUGUGACGAGACGAAUGUGCGUUUACGUUGACGAGAUGAGACUAGACGAAAACGUUAGUGGUGGACGACGAACAGAGUUGAGAAAUUCAUAAGCAUUUUGUCAGUCAAAUUGUUAGUCGAUGACAUUGACAAAAUAUUUUUGUCAACGUCAUCGUCAACAAAAACAACACUGCUGUGGAUGUAUUGGUGUCUUUUCACUCUCCAUAACCGGAAAAGCGCAAUUAAAUCUACUCAGCAUCCUCACUGUCAAUGUCGGGUGUUGAAUAAGGGACCAUCAAUAAAUUACCAGUUGAUGUUCUCAAAAAAGGCUGUUUUCCUUCGAUAGCUUUCAUAUCACAUGACCAAUUGACCUAAAAUAAAAUAAUCAAAUAAUAGUACUAAGGUGGGACAAUAAGACACACCUCUUUUCUUCUCAAAUAUGUCCUCUUAGAGUACAUCUGGCAUGUCUGUUGAGGAAAGGGUCUAAACUCCAGCAAACAGAGAAACUCAAAUAUAAUUUUGGCGACAAGCUCGGAGCAGUAAACCUGAGGAGUGCAAGGUUAUAAUAAUGAUAAGAAUGAUGGCCAAACCUAUCCAAACAGGAUCCAAGUUGUAAUGAGCUGGGAGUGUCCUCCGAGCUCAUGAAAACACUCUCAAGAUGCUCUUUAUUUUGAAAAUGUCACAUGACAAACCCUCCGAACUCACCCAGUGCAUUCGGAGCUGUAAUUAUUUCAUUAUACUGCCUGCGUAAAGCCAGCAGACCAGACUGCGGAUCCUUCAGGCUCAGGCUGCUGUGGCGUUUUCUUUUCUCCAACCCCGACGGGGAACAAACCGAGUUCGCUCUUGCAGCCAGAGGAAACACUGCAGUGGUGUUUCUGACAACCUCUGACCUCAGUUUAGUGGAUUUGGCUCCUCGCCAGGCAAACCGCUCGGUCCUGUGCGAACGGGUUGAGGAAUGCACCGGGCUGCAGCUAGCUCAUUAAACAGUGCAGCGAGUGAGGGGUGAGGGCCCGUUGUUUGCACUGGCUCGCCUUCUCAGGCCCUGCAGCUCUUUGUGUACAGAUAGAUCUCCAAUCACAGAGCCCCUGGGACCCGGCUGUCACCAGGACAGUGUGUGCAAACCAUUAUGUGGACACUGCGAAAACGUUUCUUUUGGUGCAGCGUGUAUAAAUGUCUUGUGUUUGCUUCCAUCAGGCUGCUGCAGAUACACAGACUCGAGACUUUAAAGGGCUUUUCUCGCUUAAAAGUGUGGGCACAUCAGCGUGAAAGCCCUGAUGUGUACCCGGUAACCUUGGAGCGUAAGUCAGCAGUUUAAUAGCUUGUUCUAGUUUCAGCAGUGUGCAGCUUUCUGAGCAAAAGUUCCUCUUUUUUCUCUCCUCUGCCUUUCUGCCUCGGCUUUGUUUUGGCACCGGUGCAGAGGGGGGGAGGAGGAGGGGUAAGGAAGGCCGCAGAUCAGACACAAAUCAUCCCGUGGUACUCUGCACGUGAGAACCAUCAGGUGGUCAGGUCCCCGCGGACAUGUCUUCAGAGCAGUUUAAUUGCAGAUUUUCUAUUUGAACCUCGACUGCAAGGAAAUUACAGACGGUUUUGUUUUCGUAGCUUUAGAAAGUUUCAUUUCCAACAAUUUCACAGAAAAAAAAACACCCUCAAAUUUGUUUUUUGUUUUUUUUUAGAUGAAGAUAAUUUGGACACGUCCCAUGAGUUUUGUGUCCCUCGUGUACCAAAAUCCUAACACUGUGCACCGCGUUUGAACCUGCAGACAAAAACAAGCCAAAAAAAGAAGCCUUUUGUGACACUACACCAAAAGUCUCACACUGUGACACUAUUCACGACCGCGAUAUCAAAGAGUAUUUUGAACCUCGGACAAAUUGGAAAAUCUCAUGUGAUUCAGGAACACGUGGGCCCAGCUGUGCGAACUGUCUGCUCAACUUCACAGACACAACACUCAUGUGGUGCCACACUUUGCAUGGCUGUUGCAGGCAAUCUGAUAAACAUUGCGUGACAAGGGCUGGGCUUAUGAAUAACAAAACGUGAGGGAGGGAGGGUCUUAACCCUGCUCCAGAUCAACUGUAAGCUCUAAAGUUUAAUAGUGAGUGCGUCCUGUCACACACACUCCAGAGAACUGCAGUAAAAAAGAGAAAGAUGCAGAGAGAGUCAGAGCCUCACAGUGACAGUUGUUUGUAUGGACGGCGUGCCACCAAGCUCCUCCUACUGUGAGAAGUGAAACCAAAAUAUCGCUUCGAUGGGUGUUUGCAUCUUUUGUUUGUGCACAGAAGUAACACGUCUGCAUAUACACAUUAAAAACACGAGUAGACUUUUAAGACUUUGUUGCAGACAGAGGGCGCUCUAAUGGGGCGCUCACAGUAAAAAUCAUCUACUCGCUUAAUUCGCGGGAAUCUAGAUGCGUGAUUGAAUAGUAUUUACUCACUUCAUUUGCGUUUCAUCGGCUUUUUCACUGUUAAUCUCUGCCAAUUCAACCAGCAGGAUCAAAUGAUAGUCAAAGGUUAUUUACAACCUACCAGGUAAUCAAACCUCCUCACUCACUUGCCUCCAGGUGAGCUCUUCUUUAUUUUGCUUUCGCUAAUUGAAAUCGACACGAUUAGUUUGUCCUCCACUUUAGAUACCAGUGAACAACCGUCCAUUUUCAUACAUCACCUGGCAACCUUUGUGCUGAUUGGUUAUUGUGAAUAUCCACUUAAAUCGAGACAUUUUUAGCUCCCGCCCAAUUCGCAUUACUCGCACCACCAGAGUAGUACAAGCGUCUAAUUGCGUCUUUGCAUUGACUUAACAUGUAAUUCAGUAGCGCGAAUGAUUUUACUCCUGCUUGGUGUGUGGAGGCAGUAAAAGUUUGAGUGGCUGUUUUGUGUUUUUUUUAGGGAGAAAGAGUAAUGUGCCAACUUAACAAGUGUUUUUGAGUUUUUCAUGCUUUACAGUCGUAACAUGAAGUAGAUUUAGACAAUAAAGUUAAGGUAAAAAAAAGCGAGAACACCCACUUUGUCAGACCCUCAAUGCACAUGACAUGAGAAAGCAAAGAUAUGGUUUCCCUCUGGGUCUCCAUGUAUGGGGAGUAGCAGGUUGUAAACUUGAAAGCUUUAGCAGUACACAGUGCAGACAUUCAUUCAUUUUCAUGUAGUACAAAGAAAUAGUGAAAGUGCACAUUUCUGUCCUCUGCACGCCAGGUUAAAUAUGUGGUGAGCACACAGGUGGGGCCUGACAUGAGUAAGUCAGUCAAAAGUUUUCUUGUGGGGGGAUGGGGGGGUUGUCAGGGAGAGUAUUUGGGGAACGCCUUGUUUUUGUUUUUCAUUACAGAGGGAGAAGGGGGAGCAGGGUGCAAGAUGGUUGCCCAUUGGCUCAAGUUACCCUGUAGAUGGUGUGUAUGUGUGUGUGUGUGGAGCGCUGCCUAGUGCAGCUGAGCACACUGCACUCAAAGAAGUCCUUUUUUCAACCCAAGAGAAAGUCAUCCACUAGCUCAGACCCGAUCCCUUUCCAAAAAAACAACACUCCUCUCCCCCCUCGGCUGCAGACCCCCAGCCCCCUGCCUGCUUCCCCUGGCCGCUCUCCAAGUGCUUCAUGUGGCUCGACUGGAGCAGGUUGGAGGUGAGCCCCCACCCCUGUCCUCAGAAGACACUUGUUUUCCAGCGGGGAUGAGGGUGUGUUGGUGUUGGCAGGGUGGAGCAGAGGGGUGGAGGGGUUUCAGUGGAUGGAAGGGGAGGUGAAAUUGCCCCCUGGGAGAGGAGGAAAUAAAAGAGUAGGAGCACUUUCGCACGCCCUUUUUUUUGGGAAGGCCUGUAUGCACCUGUAGAGAGGUAGAGGUGGAUCGGGGGCACUUUGCAUUUUUUUUUUUUGUAGGCACAAUUAAAUCCCAAGAAAUCUGCAACCAUUAUUCAGGAUUUUGGGUUAUUAAGUUUGGUCUGAGAGACCGUCUUAAUGCCCUGAAGGCUGUCCCUGGCAGACCUCUGAAUGUAACAGACCGGGCUGCUGAGAGGGUCUGGCUCUAACUGAAAAACACAGGCGACGCCCUUCCUGAAAGAGAAACAGGGAAAGACUGUGUGUGUGUGUAGAGUGUGUACUGGCUGUGUCCUCCUGUGAGAAGGCCUUGGAGAGCUUCAUUUCUCUGAUUAGGUUUAUUGUGGUCGCAGCGAUGGCCAACGGAGACCUCGCAUUGUUGGAGUUUGUUUACCGUUCAGUCAGAGUUAGCCGAAGAAGCGGGAGAAAAAGGGGGGAAGGCGAGUCGGGGAACAAAGAAACGGUUCAUGGACAAGCUUGACUAAUGGACAAUUGAGAAGCCUUUAUGAACAAAUCUGAAUGGACCAAGGACAGACAGGGGUGGUAAUCUGCUGAUGAAAAAUGUUGUGAAUAAAAUCGACCCUUUGACAAAAUGUACAAUAUCCAUUCAAAGUCAGAUGUUUACUUUGGCUUCUGCGUCUUUGAAUUUAACAUCUGAAUUCUGCAGCCAGUGAAAUGCUAUUUACUCGUGGAUCUGGGGUUGUUGGCCUGUAGGGCUUUGGCAGGGAUGAAGGGUUUUCCAGGGACACAGUGUGCAUCUUGGGUUCAGCCUUGAGUUCAAACUUCUCUAGGCCCUUAAUUUAGUCAAUAAUCACUUGUGCACACAGUGACUGUGCAUCUAAGAGCUCUUAGACGGGGUUUCUGAUUCUGACUGCAGAGAUGGAAAAUGUCAAUGAACCGGUAGAGAGUGCACAGAUCUAUAGGUUAAGGAGCGAGUUAACUUUGAAUCAUCAUGUCCCAUUUGAACCACUUAUACACUCGGAGUCCUUGUGCUCCAUCGUGUCGUAGCUUCCUCAGACAUUUUUGCUGUUGUGGACCUGCCUGCAUCAGUCUCACCUCUGUCCAUCUCUCUCUGGGCAGAUAACUGUCUUAUAUCGAUCUGGUUCUGCUCAAUCAUGACCCAUCUUUACUAUCGGUCCUUGCUAGGGGUGAGAGAAAAAAUGGAUACAGCAUAGUAUCACGAUAUUUUGUCUGGUGAUAUAUCGUGUCGUCUCAUCCACCAAGUAACGAUUUUUCAAAUGAAUUGCUAAUAUGAAGUCAAAUGUAUAAUAAUGGAAAAAUAAAAUCAACUGUUUGUCCAGUGAGGUUAGCAGAGGUGACAUCAUAUAGGCAGGAGAAAGUUGGAGCAACAAAUAUAAAUAUAAGGUUUGCAAGAUGUUGAAAAUAAAAACAGCCAUGAAGGAAAGACAAAUGCUCAACUAGCUAAACAGUUGGAAAAAAUUAUAUAAAUCGCAAUAUAUUGUAUUGCAAUAGUCACUGUAUUGCUAAAUGUUAAAAAUCGCAAUAAUAUCGUAUCGUGGCUGAAGUAUCGUGAAAAUAUCGUAUCGUUGGGACACGAUAAAUACACCAUAUAGGAGUAUUUUUCAUUACAGUCCAAAAAGGACGUUGCACCUGAGUGCAAAACGUGUCGUGCACAAGUUUGUACUAAUAUCGGAUCAAUAUCGGUAUCAGCCAAUAUUGAAGGCAACAAUAUCGGUAAUAUAUCAGAGGUAAAAAAAGUUGUAUCAGGACACCCUUAAUUCAGUUACAUUGAAUUUAGACUAUCAAUGAUAAACUUCUUCAUUAAAAGGUCUGGGUUUUGUGGUGCUAAGUUGUUCAAAUGUUUUUAUUUUUAUUUUUUUUUCUGGUCAUGAGGAUGUUUGAACUGCAGAUAGACAAGGGUGUGAUUCCUGACAGGCUUUUAGAAGCUCCAGCAGGCUUUCAACAUGUGAUACCAGUAAGACUCCUCUGCACCCACUCAUCUCCCUGAGCAUGCAAGCUCUCGUGGUCAAAGUCACAACUGAAACCUGCAGAAAAUCAACCCUGAUCACGUUGCAUACAGCCGCUGUUCUCACCACUUUAGCAUGUCAUCCAGGGCAGGAAAGAAAACAUGACAGUCACAGUGUUUUGUUUCUCCCCUUCAGGGACGUGUGCGCAUAAGCUCCUGUCAGUCUGUUUGUGUAGGUGCUUUCGGCUUUCCUGCUGCUGCUGGAUGUCUGCUGACUCGCUCUCUCUCUCUUGUGUUUUUGUGUUUGCAGACGUGCCAAACUACGGCUGUACCUGGAACAGCUGAAGAAGCUGGUGCCUUUAGGUCCGGACAGCACGAGACACACCACACUGAGCCUGCUGAAAAGGGCCAAGAUGCACAUCAAGGUACCAAAAUUAAAAACAUCUAACUCUGUUAUAGUGUAGUGAAUAAAUGCAAUUGGUUAUUGAUUUGUUGGUGAAGCAAUUUCAAACAGUUGUAAGAUUGUGAGUGGUAAAACAAUUCUCAGUUGUUGUUUGUUGCGGCUCUAAAAGUCCUAGUUUCUUUUUCUUGAUUUCCAUGAACACCAAGUGUAGUCUCUGCUCUGCCUCCAGCAUGUUAGCUGCCCAGUUUGUGAAGUGUUAUAUUGUUUUCUAAUCUCCCAAUCAGAGCGUUUCAGGACCUGUCUGAAAAAUGCUCCAAGACUCCCCCCACCCCCUAAAAAAAUGAGUCAACAAAGUAGAACACACAUGGCAUUUAGAGGCUGAUCCUUCGAUAUGUGCGAGGAGAUAAUCGCUUUGUUUAACUUCGUCUUUAUGGGUCAUUAACUUUGGCGUUUAGCACAAACAUAACGGCAUUAAAAAGUAUGAACCAGCAGGAUCCCUGAAGGAGAAGGACCAGCAGAGAUUUACACACGCAGACGCUUUCUUCCCAUGGCAGAGGAUGAACAAUCGUGUAGAAGUUGAGUUUAGGACACGCUGUGCUGAUCUUGCUGUUGACACGCAGCAGCAAUGUGGUUUGUGAAAAGUCCAGACGUUUGCGAGUUUUAACCCUUCAUUUCCUGUUUAUCACGCAUGUCCUUUCUGCUUGAACACAUGCUGCUCAUUUUCAGCACUGUGUCGUGUUGUCUGGUACUAUAUGAAACGUGGUGUGUGCAGUGACUUUGAUCCACCAUCCAAAACUUUGAUAUGCAAAUUAGUGCUUAAUAUAAUUCCUUAUUCAAAUGUGACGAGUGUGUGUACUUUCACUUUAUACUGACACACCUCACACACCAACGUAGACACUUGAUAUUUUGCAUCUAUCUUGAGGCACUUCAACAUGCUGUGCCGGGAGCUUUUUGUUUGACUCGUUUGUUUUGAUGAUUUUUUCUUUGUUACUGAUUUACAUGAAUGUUCAAAUUUGUCUUUUCUUUCAGUGUGAAUGUUAAAAGUGUGAUUGUUUGAUUUGAAUCAGAUUUCUGUUUCAGUUUCCUUUGUGAGUAAGCUCAAAAUCCAGUAACAGAUGAUAGAAAAUAUUCAUAACCUUUAAAGGCGACUGUGUUAUUAUUGUAAAGUUCAACCAAAAGUGUAGAAAAAAAAGGAAAACAAACAAACAAAAAAACCCACAGUGUUUGUAGGGGUGGGAGAAAAAAUCGAUACAGCACAGUAUCGCGAUAUUUUGUCUGGUGAUACAUCAUAUUGUUGCAUUUAGUAAAUAUUGAUUUUUUUCAAAUUAAUUACUCAUAUGAUGUCAAAUCUGUGAUUGUGGAAAAAUAAAAUCAAGUGUUUGUCCAGUGAGGUUAGCAGAGGUAACAUCAUAGAGCAGGAGAAAGUUAGUACGACAAAUAUAUGUAUAAGGUUUGCAAGAUGUGCUACAUGAAAAUAAAAUACAGCGUAAAUAAGACAAAUAUAAAGUAAAGACAAUCACUACACUAGCUAAAAAGUAAAAAAAAAAAAUUAUAAAUCGCAAUAUAUUGUAUUGCAAUACUCACUGAAUUACAAAAUAUAAAAAAUUGCAAUAAUAUCGAAUAGGACCCGACUGAUAUGGAUUUUUGGGGGUUAAUGCCAAUAUUGAUUAUGGGGGGGGGGGGCGAUUAACGAUUAAUCGGCUGAUUUUCAAAAAAAUUUUAUGAAGUUAUAAAAAAUAUAUUUAUAUCGUGGAUAUCUACGGUAUACUAUAUACUGAAUAUAAAAAUGAAACAUUUUCGAAGUGAAACUGAAUCUUAUUCUCCGCAUUUUAUCUCUGAAAAUAUCGGCGAAAAUCUGUGAGUUUUAGCCGAUUACCGAUCAGUCUCAAACGGGCUAAAACUGGCCAAUUUGAUCGUCUUGCCGAUAAAUCGUUCGGGCCCUAAUACGAAUCGUGGCCCAAGUAUUCCAAUAAUAUCGUAUCGUGGGGCCACUGGUGAUUCCCACCUUCUAGUGUUUCGGUGUGUUUCCUCAGACAUGCUCACUGAUUUCUGUGAUGUCCUCGUGUCGUGCAGAAGCUGGAGGAGCAGGACAGGAAGGCUUUAAAUGUGAAGGAGCAGCUGCAGAGAGAGCACCGCUACCUCAAACGCCGUCUGGAGCAACUCUCUGUGUCUGGAUCAGUGGAACGCAUCCGUACAGACAGCAUGGGCUCCACCAUCUCCACUGACUCUGAACAAGGUACGCUGACAUAAAGGAAAACAAAGCGCCGCUUCAUGAGAAAUCAGAACAAGGACCUUCAGGGAAGUCAAACUCUCCCUUUAAGCCUCUCACAACGCCUCAGUUUGCAGUAGAAAGCUGGGCUGUAUCAUGUGGACAGUUGUGGUCUAGGUAUAAUGUAACUAUGGCAAUAAUGUAAAUCGAAUGUAAAUGUUUUCCACAGUCGAUGCAAAACCAAACCUAUGAGUUCAGGUCUACAUGAAAACAUCCUUAAGUCUCGUCUGUUUGCAGAGACGAGCUCGACGCGUCACUAAUGGUGCUUUAAUUUGAACACAAACUCUCCUGUAGCUGUUUGCAUUCUUCCGCUGAUAAACUCUGAACCGCACUGUGUGACAGGUGAAAACCCGCUUGAUGAUUAGCCGCAGUCCUGUUUGCAGGCAGUGCUUCCAGGUCAAAGGUUAACAGCUCAAUUUGCAGAUAAGAAAACCUCGCUUUCCUGUUUCUUCCCUUUGAGACAGUUCGAACGUGUCGGUCGCUAAGAAAGCUCUCUAACCCCCGCUAGUGUGUCGCCGUUCAAAAUGCUCUUGAGGUCGGGCCACAUGUUCUGUGGAGUCAGGUUCUUUAAGGUGCAAUCUGUUGCACCCUGGUGUCACAGACUCCCCCCUACAAUGCCAGGUUAGGACAGUUACUAAUCCUGGAUGAGGUAAACACACAUGCAGUUGUUUGUCAAUGGACGGGGAUUAGCCGUGUGAGCACAAAGAUCCGUCUGUUUGCUCAGAGUUAACGGGAGCUUAAAUCCUGGUUUAAUCCACUAGCGGAGCAGCAGGCUCCCUAAUAAAUAUUCCCCCGUGGUCUGAUGGAAGUAAAGAGUUCCCCCCUAACCUUGUGUCGUUUCUUUUUUUACGUGCAGAGGUGGACAUUGAGGGGAUGGAGUUCACCCCCGGUGAGGCAGACAGCGUGGACAGCAUCAGCGACGGCGAGGAGGACCACUACAGCCUCCAGAGCAGUUCCAGCGACACCAGCUACACGGCCACACAUUCCCACAGACUGCAGCCGCACCACUGUUAGACACCGCGCGGCCAUCCAUCUACCAGCCAGCGUCCUUUUCUCACGCUCACCCAUCCACCUUCCCUCAGCCAUUUCCAAAAAAAUGCCAAGACCGCCUUCGACCUACAUCAGACCAGCCCCAUAAAGGCGGUACACCCUAAAACCUGUUCCUCCUGUCCUUGUCGUGGCUCUUCAGGAAGCGAACGGGGGCUGAAAUGCCACUCAAGGCUUCCUGACACCCCCAACCACUGACCCUACCUCACCCUACAUGUAUCCUGCCUGAACCUGCCUCUCCUCACACGCCCUGCCCUCCCACUGCCCUCCUUACAACCCCAACCUAGUGUUGCCGCAGGCUCCGAGAGAGCAGAGCAGAAUUUGUGGUUUUAAAGGAGACUUCUGUGGUGUAGUGGACGGCUUUGACUUGUUGAUCAGGAUUUAAGGAGUGUGUGUGUUUCUAAAGUGUGAGUGUGAGUGAGAGAAAGACCAGACUAAGGAGCGUCAAAGAAGACUAAUUCACUUCGGCACCAAGACCUUGAAAGUUUUGAAAUUCACGCAGUAUCUUCUGUUUUCACAUUAAGAUAGACACGAUGUGGUACCGUACCCUUAAAACACUUCACCGCACAUCGAAAGCACAACUUUGAGUUUGUUACACCGUGUGUUUUUAACCUGAGAGGAUACACACGUGCAGAUGAAGCCUCGUUGAUCGUUUUUAAUACUUGAUUCGUGUCUGAAUAGAACAAACAGGUCGGAGCUUUUAAGGUGCCGGCAAGGCAAGCUGUUUGACCCUGCUUCCACUCUUUAUGCUCAGCUAAGCCGUCAACUGCUGGUUUCGUCACUCGCAGACAGAUGUGAGGGUGAUAUCAAUCCUUUUAUCCAACUUUCCUAAAAUGUAAAUACCUUUUUCUCUGUAAAUUCCUCUCGUCGGAUCGGUGCCGAAAGCUGCUCCCGCGCUGGAAAAAGUCGCAGAGCUGUAGCAGAAACAAACGGAGCAUGUAUAUAGAUGUACAGUUACUGUCCGAACCCUCAUGUCUCCCUCUGGUUGGGUCACCUAACCACUACUCCACACUACUGACCACUACACUAGACAGCCUCAUGGUGUGGAUGGACUACUAUGACGAACAAAAAACAAAAGGAGUUGCCUCAGAAUUAAAACUCUAUUCCUGAAAGAUUGGUGAAAAUCUUGUGUUUUCCUCCUCAGUAGCGAAUUGAUGUAGCAAUAAAUCUGAGAGUGGGGUUCUCCCCCUGAGUGUUCAAAAGACUCUGGUGGACCAAGUGGGUGACUGGGUGCUUAAAGAGGAUGGACCUGCAGGAGAAAAAAAAAGUUUAUUUUCCGUCUUUUUAAAAAAUUUCUGAUGGAUGCUCCACUUGAGCUCUCAGAAGACUUUUAUCUCUACAGCUCUGUGACUUUUUAAAGUAGCGCUGAAUGAUGCGUGUUUGUGUUUGUGUUUCUGCUCUGGUUAACAAGUCAAAGCUGCUCAUGUGAGGAAAAAUAUGAAAAGAAAAGAAAAAAAAAAACAGCCAGCUCUAAUGAAUUGAUCUCUGUAGAGGUGUUCAUGUUAGCUAACUUAGCAAACUAAUCACAUUCAGUUCCAACUUCUCAUUCCUGUAACACGGCUUCUUGCUUUUCUCUUGGAGCUCCUGGGCGCCGCUGCAGACCGACGUGGUUCAUCUUGAUCUUUCUCUUUGUCUGUAACUUAUGCACAAUAGUGACAAUUGACGGAGGAGGCGCUUCUGUCGCUCUCUGACCUGUUAGGAUUCAUUUUUGCCUCAGUCUGCAGCAGUCUUUAGAGCUCGGCGUCCGAACACUUAAAACUUGGGCCAGUCCAACAUGGCCGGUCUGACCAAAAAAAAAAAGUACAAACGAUGAAAAAAUGAUGAAAAACUUGCAUACAAAAAAAGCUACUCGUCACUUACAGUGAUACUACCCAGUGUAGUCUAUAUUUCUUGUAUCAAAUUUUGUAUUAUAUUUUCCUAAAUGUUCUCUUGUAAUGAAAAGACAAAAAAGAGUGAUUAUCUAUCUCUAUAUAUAAAUAUAAACAUAUAAAUAUAUAUGAAUAUAAAGACAGACAGACAUGAGGCCAGGCUUGUUGAAAGGAGAGUGGGGGCAGGGGAGCUGAUACACUGGCCCCUCUCCCAUGGGUGACUCUCCUGCUGUCAUUCUGUGCCUUGGUGAGCCUUCGACUUCCCUCCUCUCCCUCUCCCUCACCUCCUCACCCCUCGUCCCUACUCAGGUCACACACACACACCCCCUCCUCCUGUUAAUCUCAUCCUCCCCUCAGCUUGUCCUCCGGCGGGGCUGAAACUAUGCCAAAACACAGGGGGACCUGAGGAGAAGACUUCAUACGAGAUCAUAAUCAAAAAGAAAAGAAGAAGAAGAAGAAGAGGAAGGAGCCCCUUUGGUCUCUACUGAAAAAGCCGCUGUUGCUGCAGAUCCUCGCCCAGGCGCUCCCCGCCUUCUCGUCGCCCGCUCGUCUGCCAGUGCCGCCUCUGUCACGGAAAAAUUGUAAAGAAAAAAAACACACUGGUUAACUCCCAUGGCAGCUUCCAGUCGCCCUGAGUGGUCACCAACAGGGCUGAAAAUCUUCUGGGCUUGAAGCGUAUUAAUACUUUUUUUUUUUUCUUUUCUUGUAUGUUGACUUUGUUUUUUUUUGUUCAACGGGAGUCACUGGGAGAGGAGCGAUAAAAGAAUAAUCCAAUCAAUGGCAGCUUAAGGUGUUAUCCUCCGCACUCCUGGUGGUCCCUUAAAAAAUAGUGUUACCCAUAAAUCAGGGGACCUUCUGAGACACAGCAAUAUUACCAUCUUGUGCUUUCUGAGGGAGGGGGAGGGCGGGCAGGGAUUUUAAGACAAGCAGGUGUUUGUUUUUGUUUUUUUUGUUUUGUUCUUGCUCUUGACUCUGUGGUGCAUUUUUGGUGACCAACUCUUUCUAUUUUGUUUUGAUGAAAUUUGCCUCCUAUCUGCACUCUCUCCAAAAAAAAACUGCAGGAGGGCAAAACAAACUAACGAGAUUUUUUUUUUCCCUUUUUUUUUUUUUGUGAGAAAAAAAAAAAAAAAGCUGUUUUUAUUCUUCUUGUCAUUGAGAGUUUACAUUCAUGUCAAAAAGAUUUGUACAUGACUGUUUGUAGCAAAAAUGUCCUUUUUCAGUUUGUUGGUCAGAUGAACAACUUUUGGUAAACCACAUUGAUGGCAUAAAGUUAUUCUCUUGCACAGAACCUCCCGGUUGAGAGGCGACCGAGUUAAUGGGAUGAGCUGAGGGCCAGAUAUGAGAUUAUAAUUUUUCAGUGACAUCGUUGAAAAAUGAACAUAGCACACUCUCACUCAGACUGAGUGAUUUUAGAGGAAUCGGACUGGAAACAUUAAGUUUGAGCGCAGGACGGACGGUGUUUUAUGGAAAUUCUUUUGAUGAUGUGCCUUGGAAAAAGUUAUUUUCUUAAAAAACGAAGCAGAGAUUGUACCAAUUAAUCCAGACUGUUCAAUCAGCCUCCUGAGCGCUUAUUUUGUAAAAUCCCUCCGAGAAGGAGCUGAAGAUGUUACCGCCUCCUUCUUCUUUUUGCAAAAGGUAAACAUUCAUGUCAAGGAGCUGAGAGGGCUCUUCGCUGAGCUGAGAUCAAAGCGUAAUUUAAGAGUCAUCACAGAGACGGGAGCUCAGAUUAAAAAGAGGUUGACUUCAGAGCGAGUACAGACAAAGUUUGAUAUUUGCUUUCAUGUUGCCGUUGCACAGAGAUUUACUUCAGAGUGUUGGUUUUUUUUUUUGUAAGAGCACAAAAGCACCGUGUGGUGUUUGGAGAAGUCAGCAGGCGGAGGUGGAGAAGGAGAAGGCGGGUGGUUGGUUGAAAAACAGGGUGAAGCUGCGGCUUGAGGACGCGGGGUCAAGGCUGAGCACACAGAUGAAAGUAGAAGACGCCAUCCUCUGCCUGCUUACUAACGGUGCUCAAGAAAAUCAACACAAAAACUUACAUGAACUAUUAUUCCUGCCAAAUAAAGUCACUUUUUACCUUUCCGUGCUGAAUGAUUAGCGUCUCCGUGUAAUUCCAGACGAAUAGCUUUAAUUUUUGUUGGUCAGAAUCCCGCUUUCCAGAUCCCACCGUUUCUUUUUUGUUGUUUUUUUUUGUUUUUCUGUAUCUUUAUGUUUGGAUUGACACUCUAAAGUCAAAGAGGGGUGUCGAGUUGUUUUCCUUCAAACCUUGAGGCUGCAGAGGAGGGCGAGCUGGCCGGGAUUUAGUAUUUAAGAGGAGGACGGUGGGGGGGGGCUUUGUGUGGGCUGACAUACUGUGCUGAGUAGGGAGAGUUCUGUGCCAGAGACCUGUGAAUAUGUUCCUUUUUAGCAGAUGUGUAAUAUGCAUUCAGAAGAUGUUAUAUAAAUUCCUUUUUUUUUGUUUUGUGCGUGUGAGCGUGCGUACACGAGUACCUGGUGCUGGCUACAUUUGAGCAAACACUUGAAGGUAUUGUGUAUUCUCUUAUUGUAAUAUAAUUAAAAUGUUUUAUACAUAAAA